AUGCCAGCCGCACCAGAACUCAGGACGCUUCUCAUCCGAGAGGAUAAAGUCGCUCCAGCUUCCGCAUCCACCUCGACACUCGCCCCCGGACAAAUCCCCAAUCACCCUUGGAUCACCUUCGGAGGUGAAACCAUCGCACUCUCCAUCAAUCUCGCUCAGAAAAAGUAUCCCACAGACACCCAGGUUCAGGACUUCCACCGCAUCGUUGAACUCUACUCGGUUUUCACUAAGACCUGCUUGGUCUCAGUAACACUUCCGGAGUACCGCUUCGACGUCCAAAAGUCCAACCACAGCCACAUUCUCUUCAAUCUCGUCACAGCUAUCAACCAAUUCCCUCGCCUCGCUCGCUGCGAAGUCGUCUUUCGCAUGCCGAACGAAAACUUCAAGCAACUCACCAACGCUUGCCACUUCUACCGCCUUAACUUCAAACAAUGGGAAUUGUUUAGCAAAAUCGGAACUCAGCAAGUUGGACAAAUCACGGUCGGGUCGAGAACGGAGCGUAAACUGAAUGGUUGGUUCAGAGUCAACAUCGCCGGCGGUUCUCCUUGA